UAUAUAAGCUACGCGACAGCUUGAUCGGUUUGCAUUGUUGUCGCAGCGAACUGCAUCGUCUUGCGAGCGACGCGUGAAUUACGACAUUGACAAUGUCGUCCCGAAUCGUGACGCGGGGGAUCGGGUGCACUUUGACCUUGUUACUCGUGCUAUCUGCGCAGGCGAUCGACUACGAGAUCUACAAACGCGACGACAAAAUCAAAACGCAGCCAAAGAACGAUACGGUCUUGAGCAGUCGCGACCUCCUCGAGCGGCUGAAUCACGUCGAGCCAAAGCCGAACUACAGUCUGCAGGAGGCCACGGAGCAACUGCUUCAUUAUGGCGCGUUGCUGCGAACGCGAAUCCUGGACACCUUCGGCAAUCUCCUAUACAUCCACUACGACGACUUCAGCGUGGUGGAGGUCGAGGCGUUGCGCAACGUGUACCGGCAGACUUUGGAGCGACGUUACAACAUAUUCCACCUGGUGGCCAAUGUGUUGAGAAACCCGGACAUGAGACCGUCGAAGAUCUGCGCCGACAUCUACGCCCUUGCAGAACCCUGUCUGAGGAGCAGCGCGAACGUGUGCCGCGGCAUCAGGAAGCGACAUGAUCUACCGUAUCCCGACGACCUAAUCAUGUACGCCUCAAACAUUACGUAUCUGGCAUAUCGUUCGUCUAAGAUAUCGAGAUGGUACCCUGAAGGAUUCUCCUUGCCGGCAUUGCUGAAGUUCUUGCAUGAGGGAGUCCUGUCUAUCACGCCCAGUUUGUUGUCCGGGCUUCUCUAUCAUGUGAGAUACGAUGAUUUCGACAGCGACAUUCUCCUUGCCGAGCGGGAGUUCAUACGAUACUUUGAAGAGAUCGCGCGCACUACCAGACGCAGUUUUCAGGGUAUUCUAGAGCCAAUGUCGCCGAAAGAACUGAGAAAGCAUCACAGUGUGGCGUCUUUCCUGAGGUACUACAUUGGCAUUCACGUUGAGAGAUUCGCGAGCGACAAGUUGAGGAGGCAUGCGCUUCUCAUCGUUAAGCACUUCGUCGACGACGUCGGCACGAUCGACGAGAAUAUUCACUUACUCGGGAACGUCUACGAGAACGGGACGAUUCACGUUGGAUACCUCUUUGACCUGGUGUUGCCCAACGACGUGCUGCACAACGAUGUGGUCGGAGCUAAGAGGUACUUGGUGGAUAAAUUGAACGAGCUCGACGUGCUCGAAAGAUAUCUCAGGGUGCCGAAGUAUCAACAAGCCACGCCCGCUCAUCUGGUGAUGGAGAUCACCGGACAGCUGCAGGAGAUUGGCUUUUUAAAGGACAUCGCGACGGCUCUUCAGAUACACGCGAGAUUUUGGCAUAGGAGCUACAUGGUCGAGAGUCUGUAUGAGCUGCUUAGGCUGUUCGACGCGUACGAGAACCUACGACAAGUUGCGCGUUACCAGAACGUGAUGAAGAACCUUGACAAGAUCAGGUGGAGUCUGUCUGGUAUGCAGGACGUGCCCAUCGAGAUCCUCUGCAACGCGCCGCGAGCUUGUCUAUUGAACGGUCUGCGGAUGCUCUUAGACUGCAAACUCGUGAGCCCCGAGAUCAAGCAGCUCAUCAAGGAUUUUCUCAAGCAAUUGUCACCCAAGGGCGCACCGCUAGACGACGAAUGCCAGAUUCCCAUGAACAUGAUAAAGAAGUUCCGACGCACGUCGGACAUCCAGGACUUCGACGUGUCGAAAAUCAGUCUUUCCGUGGAGACGGUGGAAAGCCCCGAGGCUCAGACAGAAAUGGACGUGGACGACAUAUCCGAGUUAGAAACGACGGAGGUAGAGACGGCAGAGAUCAGAACGACGACGACGAUGACGACAACUCGAGUUGAUACAUCAGAAGAGAAGGACGAUUUCAGCGAAGUAACGACAGCGAGCCUCGAGUCGUAUAAAUCCGAGGAGAACGCAAAAUCCUCCGAGACGACGAAUGAAACUACGGAGAAGAUUUCGAAGGAAAUCGAAUUGUCGUUGGAAGAGAGCAUGGAAUCUUCGAGCACGAGGGCGACGGAAAGAGCGAUAUACGAGACAACUGAACCUAUCCAGGCCACGACGACGACGACGACGACGGUAGAUAAUACACCGGAAUCUCGUCAGGAAGAGACAACCACGGUUGCGACAACGACAACGACCAUCACAUUAGCCACGACUUUAGAGGACGAAAAGAUACCGAACAUUGACAUGAAAAUGGAAAUGAUUGAUUCAAUGGUCACGAUGAGCGAAACUCACGACAAAGAUUCGGACUUGGAUGUGACUUCGAUAAGCCCAACGCUUGUCGCAGUCGCCUCGAAGAAGUCCUGUGAAUCGGGCGAAUGUAGUAGCGAACGAAGCUCGGAGGAGAGCAGCGAAUAUGAGAAGACGUCGACUUUGUUAUCGAUGACCACAGAAAACACGUCCAUAACGAUGAUAAUCCCAACGACACAAGGUUUCGCUUUCUUGGAGAUCACGGGAGAAACUCAAACAACAUCGCCUGGACCGUCGUCGAGUCAAGAGGUGUCCAGAGAGACGACAGCGCCGGCGACGAGCGAAACUCCAAUCGCAGAAGGCGAGAAGUGCACGAAGUCGUCCUGCUCGGGAGAGUGCGCUGGAUCCAAGAGCGAGAGCAUCGAGUCGUCGAACUGUCGCACCGAAGACUGCUCAGGCAAGUCUUGCUCAGGCUGCGACUCCUUGAUGGAAGACUGCGACGGCGAGAACAGCGGCUUCGAGGAUACUAAAUUUGAGAGACCGGAGAACAGUACUAACGAGUGUCGCGGCAAGGUUGUCUGCGAGAAAGAGUCUUCUCCGGAGGUUUCAGCGGAGUGCGACACGUCACAGGAUGAGAGGAGCGACGAAAGAUGCGUGAAGGUGUGCGCUUCACGCGAGCAGACGCGGUCCUCAUGCGAGGGUCAGGACGGCGACUGCUUAGCCGUCGAGCUGCCAACGGUGAACCUGAAGUUUGAGCGCGCACGAAAUCAGAGCGUGUGCGAGAUCCAAGAUCCCCAUCAUCGUCGGCAGAUGAGGCGCUUGGCGAGGAUGCGGGCGAUCAGCGCGACAACGUCGCGCCACGACAAUGUCCUCGAGUCGUUGAGGAGGUGGCCGCGACGUCGAGACCGGAUCGCGAGCGAGAAGCUGUACGAACUUCUGGCGAGCAGGCGACCGCCUCGCAAUGAGAACGACAGGACGAGGACGAAGGCAGCGGGGUAUUCGUCGCUGACGAAGAUGAAGUUUGAGGAAGGCGGUCGGAAGAAACGCACGUUUGACCGCAAGCAACGGGACCAGCUCUACAUGUUGAGAGAGAAGCUGGCAACGCGACAUACUGGCGGGAAAUCAAGACAGGUGUAUCGAUCGGGCAGGACAUCGAUUCGCCGCGGUCAGACGGAGAGGAUAUCCAAAAGAGGCGCCAGUUCGAUCGUCGUUGCGCCGCUUCGUGAUAGCGCGAUAGUAUAUCGGGAUAUGUCAAUGUAAAAUUACGUCAUACAUUAGUGUAUUCUUGCGGUAUUACGUUUCAUCACGAUCACUAUUCGUCAUACAGCACAUAAUCUAUCGAUUUUACCGGCUUAUCGACUCGGAAUCGUAGAAUUGAGGAAGUUAACAAAGUUCGUGGUCAGGUAGCUAAUUAUGUUUGUGACAAGAGCGUUUGUCGAAUUCGAUUAAAUGAUUAUGCUGGAGAUCGGGAGAUAUUAAUAUUCGUUUAUAUUUAACUCGCUAUACUAUCGCGCGAGAGAGUUGCGCUCUCGCGUUUUAAAUUAUUUCUUCGACGCGAUUAAAGGCCGCCUGCAAAAUGCAGCGUCUGCGAUUAAUUUACGUUACAUUAAUGAGCUUUUUAUCGUGCGGCGAUUCAUAGUAAACUAGCCGGCCGAUCGAGGCAUUCUUGAAUUCAAUUCUAAGUUAAUCGUUAGGGAUCCCCGUGAGUUCCACGAAUAUCUGGUCGUUAAAAAUAAUGUUGUAAUUCUGUACGAUUUAUCGUAGAUGGAACACACUGAGAGAAACAAUAUCUAAGAAAUAAAAAUAUGUAUUCGGUGGGUAAUAAAACAAUUAGUUAAAUUCUUUUGUUUACAUGGAAUAAACACUUGCUUUUCAUAAUAAGCUAAGGUUUUAAUAAAAUAUAUAUUUUUUAUUUGAGAUUAUACUAUAUAAGCAAACAUGUUAUUAACAUCCACUGAAUAUCUUUUAUUUCUUAGAUAUUUUUUCCCUCAGUGUAUCAAUCGUUCAUCCGUAUGAAGAUUGAUCAAGUUCGUAAAAGAGUUGUACACAGAAGUUACAGCAAUUAGUUCGAAGUAAGGGCUGCAAUUAUUGGAUACUUAUUAAUUACAGGGUACUUUAUAAUACCCUUUGUGGUAUCACAUGGCUCUCAGUUUGGGUGAUUAAGACCCCUUUCAUCUAAGCACCGUGGAAACGUGCGGCGUGGAAGUUUCAGCUUCGUGUUCGCGACAACGAGGAGCCCGGCAAGAGAACGUCAUAAAGCGGAUAAGCGGGGCGAACGAUAGAACACAAUGAGAAGUAAAUUUGACAUGGCCGGUGCGUGGCGCGUAAUCUGUCUUAUUAAACGGCCCGCUCGCCGCGCGAUGCGAUUACACUUGAAUUUACUUUGCACCGAAAUAAGCGCCGUGUCGCGCUAUCGGCCGCCAAUUAAUUCCCCGUCGCAGGACAUCUUUAUGACCACAGCGAAUCCGCUUCAUUUCGCACGAGCGUUUCGUCGUCUCGCGAUAUCUCUCGCGAUAGGACAGGAUAAGAUAGGAUAGGACAGGACAUAAAUAGAAUAUAAGGCGUCGCGUGUUUCUAAUAAUCUCACGGAAUCGCCAAGACGCGCUCGCUCGCGCGCGCACCAGGUUGCGGUCGCGCCGAUGGAACUCGGACACUUUCACCCGUCCCGUCGGCGAUGUGAAUCCAAGCGCGUUUCCAAGCAAACGCGGCUGGCUCGCCUGCGCUCAUGAACGGAACGCGCUCGAGAUUCUCGAAGGCUAAUCGAUCGCUUGCCUGCGAAAUUUCGUUUAAGAUGCAGGCGACGUAAACUAUCAACGGGAGAAAAAUAUAUAUCGCCGACGAUGAAUUAUCGUAACCGCGCGCUUCUCGUGAACAUAAAUUUCUGCGCGCGACGCGCGCAGGGAAGAGGCGGUUGGGAAACCGAGAUUUUUAGGCGAACUAUUAAAGCGUCAGACACGUAAAAUGUACGAUUUGUCGCGCUCGUGAGAGUGUUAUCUCGAAAGUUUCCCUUGGAAAUUAUCAUUUAGCCCGCGUUCACGUUUUUUUCAACUUCAUCUAUUCUGGCGGUCGCUCGUGUUCUCGACGGGACCUCUUAUCUUGGCCGCUACUUUUCCCGCGACCUUGGUGUUGUGCGAGAGCACGUGUAGGUAUUGAUUACGUAUGCUCGAAAUUCUAAGGACUUUGUGCCACGUGUCGGAGAAAGAGAAUCGAGACAAAUUGCGGACUAUAUAAUCAGUACACGCGCCAAGUUGAUGCUUGGAAGAGCACUCGUCCUAAAUAAACUACGGUGCUAUCCAGCCGGCACCCUAGGGAACACAUUUACACAACACGUGCUCUCACACACGCUUACCCGCCAAGAACUGAAAGCUGAAGGAACGUGGGAUUCGAGUGGGAAUGAAUCAUAAAGGGACCUAAAAGAAGAAUCGACCGCGUUUAAAUAUCACAUAAGGUACUAGCAGCAUUAAACUUGUAUCUCUCUCA